AUGCCAGAAUCAACAUCGAAUCCGCCUCUCUCACGCCUUCCUCCCGAGCUCCGCCUAAUGAUCUGGGAGGCCGCACUGCCCGAUCCGAUCGUCGACCCGCUGUACAUCUGGCGAUACGACUGCUGGAAGGCGCACCGGGACCAGACCGAGGACGCUGCGGGCGAGAAUAGAGACACGCUUCACAUCGAGUUCGACCCGCGCCCGCUAGACUGCUAUGAAAUCUACCUGCCACACUUAUUCAUCAACCACGAGGCCCGAUGGGUCGGGCUGCGCUGGCUGGAAAAGCAACAGCCUCGCCUCCAGAUUCGCUACCACAAGAAGACGCGCCGCUUCUCCGUCGUGCGGCCGUUCGACCCAGCCCGUGACACCGUCUAUAUCCCGUACCGUCAAUGGUUCAACUUCUUCCCCAACGCGCGGCGGAUCCGCAACCUGAUGUUGAAGGCGGGAGUGGACCAGCAGCUGGCGCACUUGUGGCCCGCGCAUCGCCGUCCCGGCCACCCCCUAAUCGUGAAGCAUGCGACCCCGCUCACCCGCCUCGCCUUCCCCUGUGGCCUACUCCACAAAAAGAGUGCGGAGCACGUGUGCCCGAGUUGGAGGUGGUCCGGUGUCCAUCCCGAGUGCGUGGAGGUCUCCAUUGUGAGCAACAGCCCGGAGGACCCGCUGCAGCGAUUCCCCGACAUCGACGUCGUGUUUCGAACGUGGGAGGUGGCGUGCCCGAAGGAGAUGAAACGCAUCAUUUGGCUCCCGGUUCACGACACGUCUCGACGGUGGCAUGCCGUAGACAGUCUUGUAGACGAAUCGCUCGACCAGCUGCGGCGCGCUAAGACCCGGCAGGACAGAACCACGGCGUGGGGCGGUCUAUACAGACACUUCAAAGACGGACCAUAUCAGGGUGGUCGCUUCAAUGCGGACCUAGAUCAGAUCUGGUCAGUUCGGAACACACUGCUCAAUGAGGAUACCGGAGGACAGGAUUAUCAGCAAGAAGUGUGGAAGAGGAUUUUCAGCCGCCUGCCCCUUAUCAUCAAAUCGGUGGUUGCUGUGGAGAGAUAG